GUUUAAAUGGAAAUCUAGAGGACGAAUAUCUCCAGGAAUAGGGUUGGGCAGCCCUGAUAUAAAAUUUCGAUUAGAGAGACAAAUUUGUAUAAUUUACAAUGUGAAAAGUGCACCAACAAAAUGCUCAGCGAUUGGAUGGUGGCUGGAUAUCGCCUGGUAUGGGCGCUGCAGCUAUGUGAGAUCAGGUUGCGGGCGGCUAACCCGGUCCGAACGCAGUAGUAGUUUUCUAAAGCGAGAAGCUGGUUGCAGUUCGUUAGCCUACUCUCGCAAACGAUUGAAAGAUCUUACUAUGACAACUGACGUCGUUGUUUCAAUUCCGUCGUUGAUUCCUGUUCAGACUGGCUAGCUUCUCCUGCCUAUAUGGCUGCAUACCUUAAUGACAGGACUGCACUACGCACAAAUGAAAAUAUGAAUUAAGGCAUAGCCUACGGACCAUCAGAACUGGGAGCUUGUUUCCUUUGAAACUUUUAAGGAGUGCUGAGAAGAGGAGCUCAGAGGCAUGCUGGGAGGGGCUGUCGGUUUGACGUACGGAAGCGUCUCCCGAGUCAGCGCUAUUGGAGAGGAAGGGGAAGAUUCCCCACCUGCCGGUACGGAGAGCACGGCAUCCUCAAGUUAUUCUGGCAGUGACUCGGACACCGGGCAGUGGUCCAGCCCAAAGAUGGGCCAGGAGAGGGCCGUGGGCACCUCUGCCCGCCUCCCGUGCGCCCCGCCACCCGUCCCGGCUGCUGCUGGGUCCACAGCUCAGGAGGAGAGGGACCAGCGCGAUGCUGGCAGCAGGCAGCCAGCAGGGGAAGAGCUCUCGGAAGAAGACGCGGCCUACACCUGGAGUGCCGAUCCAGCGACACUCCCGCAGAAGGCCGCAGAGUUGGCUCUAGCAGAAAGGCCGACAGGGGCCUCGAUUGUCCCCGCGAUGAAGAAGGCCGGAGCCGAAGGAGAAACAGAGAACAGGCCCCACAAGUGCCCGGAGUGCUGCUGGGCUUUCAAGAGGGCCAGCAACCUCCAGAGCCACAUGGAGACGCACAGGGGCCUUAAGCCUCACGUGUGCGAGCUGUGCGGCAAGGCCUACACCCACCAGGGCACCCUCCAGCAGCACAAGCGGCUGCACACGGGCGAGCGGCCCUACCACUGCCCCCACUGCGACCGCACCUACGUCUGGUCCUCGGACUUCCGCAAGCACAUCCGCUCGCACACGGGCGAGAAGCCGUACGCGUGCGGGGCCUGCGGCAAGGACUUCGCCCGCUCCUCCGACCUGCGCAAGCACGAGCGCAACAUCCACGCCAACAACAAGCCCUACCCGUGCCCGCAGUGCGGCAAGACCUUCAACAAGCCCCUGUCCCUGCUCCGCCACCAGCGCUCGCACCUCGGGGACCGGCCCUUCCGCUGCCCCGACUGCGGGAAGGACUUCGCCGUGGCCAGCCGCAUGGUGGAGCACCAGAAGACCCACAGCGGGGUGCGGCCCUACUCCUGCCCCGUCUGCCUGAAGUGCUUCAGCAGAGCCUCCGGCCUGGCGGAGCACCAGGCGCUGCACUCCGGCCUGCGGCCCUUCCGCUGCACCCAGUGCGGCGGCGCCUUCGCCCGGGCCUCCCGCCUGGCCCGGCACCAGCACGUCCACACUGGCGAGCGGCCCUACGAGUGCCCGGGCUGCGGGCUCAGCUUCGCCCACUCCGCCACCCUCCGGCGCCACCAGCAGAGGCACUGCAGCGAAAGGGACUCUCUCCGCGCUGGCACCGCCGCCCACCGGGAGCCUGCCCAGUGCUCAGCGGUCAACUCCCAGUCUCACUAUGACCUCACUCUGCCAAACCAGACAGACCACUGCCCGGGCCAAGGAGAGCUCCCUCCAGCAGACAGCGCACCGUCGUCAAGCUCUUCCUCAGACUGCUCGGAGCAGACCGACCUUUGAGUCUGGGCACUUCCAUAUAGUGUGACCAUACAUUCACUUUUGAGGCACAAGGCUAAUAAAACUAUUCAUAGACAAGCCCGGUACUCAUUGUGCCCUAUUGUUUGACAGACGCUGACAAGCUGAAGUCACUUGACACGACUGUAUUGUGUGCCCAAGGUUUUGUUAGGCCGUAGGUUAAGCGUUAUGUGAGUCACACCCAGGUGUAAGAAUGCAGUGUUAUUUUAGGUGUCAGACUUUUGCCCUCUUGUUAAAAGCCCAAUGUACAAUUCUGCUUCCAGUAAUACUGUAGCUGAUUGUAUUUGCAUCUUUAAAACAGAAGUGUGUCAAUAAAAACAAUGCGGUAACUA